UCCUUUUCUAAAAUCGACUGAAAUAAAAUUAAUUUGUCUGACAAGAAAGGGAUAAAAUGGUCUUUUCGUUGAUGUCUGAAUUCCCAGCGGUGCUUUAGGGCUUACGACGUUUGCAUUUUGAGGUCAUUCAUCACCGACUUGGGAGUUGGAAGAGCAGGGACUUCGAUAUUCUAUAACUACCCCUUGUUGAUCUCAGCAUCAAACGAACCAUUCAAAUGGCUACUACUACCAUCUCUCAAUUGAAUCACUUCCCCUGCAAGACUCUGUCUAAGACCCCUCCAAAUUCCCAAUUCAAUUCAAGGCCCUCAGUUCUCCCUUUCCCUUCGAUCAAGCUCGCCAAUUCCAUCUCCAAAUCCACGCUUGGAAGGCCCGCCUUCUUAGUUAGGGCCGUCGACGACGAUGGUGAGUCGGCCUCUGAAGCGGUGGCGGUGGCUGAGGUCGAGGCGCCCAAGGAGCCAUCGGAGGUUGACGCCCUCAAGAAACAGUUGGUGGAUUCCUUUUAUGGGACCGAUCGCGGAUUGACUGCGAGUAGUGAGACUAGAGCUGAGAUUGUGGAGCUUAUUACGCAGCUUGAGGCCAAGAAUCCAACUGCUGCACCCACUGAGGCCUUGACUCUGCUCAACGGAAAGUGGAUUCUCGCGUACACUUCUUUUUCAGGUUUGUUUCCCUUGCUUUCAAGGGGUAGGCUGCCAUUGGUAAAGGUGGAGGAAAUAUCACAGACAAUCGAUUCAGAGAAUUUCACUGUUCAGAAUUCUGUCCAGUUUUCCGGGCCACUAGCUACCACUUCUAUCUCCACAAAUGCCAAAUUUGAAGUGCGAAGCCCCAAGCGGGUGCAGAUCAAGUUUGAAGAAGGUGUCAUUGGGACUCCCCAGCUCACGGACUCCAUAGUAAUACCGGAAAAUGUGGAAUUUCUGGGACAAAAGAUUGACCUCACACCCCUUAAGGGCAUAUUAACCUCUGUCCAAGACACAGCAUCAUCAGUUGCAAAGACCAUUUCAAGCCAGCCGCCAUUGAAGUUUCCAAUCUCAAACACUAACGCCGAAUCAUGGCUGUUGACCACAUACCUCGACGAAGACCUUCGAAUCUCAAGGGGUGAUGGUGGCAGCGUGUUUGUUCUCAUCAAAGAAGGCAGCCCCCUCUUGAAACCUUGAACCUCGUGUAAAACUAGUACUGUUUUAUCAAUCACAAAUAAGUAAAGAAAAGUAGAAAGUGCUUUUUAAUGUAUUACUGUAUAUAAACUAAAAUUUGGGGUGCUUGUUAAUCUAUUACUGUAUAUAAAGUAAAAUUUGUAAUAUGUGACAAUCGGAUGUAAGACGAGUAACAUGUCUUGACAGAUGACUUGUGUAUGUUGAACUGGUUUGUAGUGUUGUUAUAAGAAUUCGCUUAUCCUUCUCGAAUA